AUGUCGGAAGUGCUACCUUUCAACGAAGAAAAUAUGAGUCAUUAUGGAAAUGAAGGCGACGAGGGACACCUUUCCUUCACCUGUCGUCUUCAAGACACCAACAACUUCUUCAAUGGCUCACAGAACAAACGUCCGCCCAAACUCGGGCAAAUAGGAAGGAGCAAACGGGGUGAUUAUCGAAUUAAGCCCUUCUUUUGUUUGCAUGCUGAUGUGUUUCAUGCGCACAUAGGUUACCACCUUCAUUAAGGAUGUCUGUGUGGAGACAGAGAGGCUGCACCCCUGCCUAGACAUGCUCCUCUGCAGAGACUCUAUAAUCUGUUUGCAUGCAUUUGAGUGGGAUGAAUUAGAUUUUAAAUAUUCUAUUCGCAUUGCAACACAAGUUGGAUGCGCAGUGCGUGCUGUUAAAUGCUUUCUGAAUGCUACUCAACAGUGUCACUUCUUCACUGAAUGGAUGGAAUGAUUGAGAUCCAGCCCGUAGUGUCAUGAUUUUUAUGUUUGCAUGAUCUCUUGCUGUUUUCCUCUUGUUUUUGCAUUUCCUUGAAAAAACUGAGACUUAUUGUGGUUGCCCAAACAUGCACAGACAGAUGCACACACAAGAGCACAGACACAACAUGGACUAACAUGGCAAACAGGCAGACAUGAAAGCUCUCUGCAUCUAAAGGUGCACAUGCAGAAUUCCAGCAAUGCACAUUCGGAAAUGUGCAUCACACACACACACACACACACACACACACACACACACACACACACACACACACACACACACACACACACACUGUCUCUCUCUCUCUCUUUCUCUCUCUCUCACACACAGAGGAUCAUGCUCAUGUUUAUCCGUCUCUUUCUGCAUGCCCCCCUGCUCUGUCAUGCAUGCACACAUCGCCUCUGCUCCGACAGCGCAGUGCUAAUGGUUCUGGGCUUUCAUGCCCUGCUGUCAGUUCAAUGGUGAAUUUUCAAGAUGAAUUUUCAAGACGCCAUACCAAGACGAGCCCCCCCCCCAACCCCUAACCUCAGUCCCUUCAUUAACUCUCUCUCUCUCUCCCUGUCAUCCACAGUUGUGAUUGAGGAUGAGAAUGGCGACGAUGAGGCAAAAAAUGGGACAGAGAAGACCCCGGCAGAGGCUUAG